AUGGACACCUUCGAAUACAAUCCCAACCCCGGUCGUGUCGUCUUUGGGAGCGGUACGCUGCAGAAACUCCCCGAUGAGAUCUCCCGCCUACAGGUGAAGGCCCCGCUAGUGCUCUCGACACCCCAUCAGGUCGGCCAAGCCGAGAGAGUGAAGGAGGUGCUCAAGGGCCAGAUCGCCGGUAUUUUUAGCGAGGCGACUAUGCAUACUCCCGCGAAUGUCACAGACAAGGCUGUUGAGUAUGCAAAGGCCCGGGGACCGACUCGCACCAUCGGUCUCGGCAAGGCUAUUAGCAUUCGCACUGGACUGCCACAUAUCUGUAUUCCGACUACAUAUGCUGGUAGUGAAAUGACACCGAUCCUGGGUGAAACUGCCGAUGGAUUGAAGAAGACUCGCUCUGACCCCAAAAUAUUACCCGGCACGGUCAUUUACGAUGUGGACCUCACAAUGACCCUGCCGACCGCUAUGAGCGCCACUAGCGGUGUCAAUGCUAUUGCGCAUGCUGUCGAGGCUCUCUACGCACGCAAUACUAACCCGAUCAUUAACAUGAUGGCGCUCGAGGGCAUACGGGCACUUGCAUACUCCCUUCCCGAGAUUGUCGAAGACUCAUCUUCUCAAUCUGCUCGGUCUAAGGCCUUGUAUGGUGCCUGGCUCUGUGGAACAUGUCUGGGCAGUGUGGGAAUGUCCAUCCACCACAAGCUGUGCCACACACUUGGCGGCAGCUUCAAUCUCCCGCAUGCCGAAACCCAUACCGCUGUCCUCCCACACGCCAUUUCCUAUAAUGCACCUAGCAUCCCUGAGGCUAUGAAGCAGUUGGCCGACGCCCUGCCGGAUAGCAAUGGUGACGCGAUCCACGGUUUGAACGUACUCUUGGACAAACUCAAGGUUAAGCGUGGCGCGAAGGAUUUUGGCAUGAAGGAAGAAGACAUUGAUAAAGCAGCUGAUAUUGCACUAGCCAAUGCUUACUGGAAUCCUCGCCCGAUUGAACGCGCGCCGAUCCGCGAGUUGCUUCGCAGGGUUUGGGCGGGAGAGCCAGCACUGGCGAACUUGUAG